AUGUCAACAACAGAGAGCAACAACAUUAACAUUAGUAACACACCAAUGACGACACAACAACCAUCUGUAUAUUGUUCAUUGUCACCAUUGUUGUUAAAGAACACACAUAUAGAUAGUCAUACAACAAUAGUGAUCAUUGAUGUACUUCGAGCAACUUCGACUAUUGCCACUGCACUAUCAUCAGGUGCCACGCGUGUAAAGGCAGUGGCCGAGGUGUCCGAGUGUAUAGAGCUGGUCAAACAACUUGGCGAAGACCGCGCCAUCGCAGCCGGUGAGCGAGAGGGUCGUGUGGCGCCAGGACUGCUACACGGCAACUCGCCACUCGAGUAUCCCGCGGAACUUGUUCGCGACAAGACUCUAGUGCUGACCACAACCAAUGGCACCAAGUUGCUGACGAUGGCCAUUGCCCAUGGACCAGGCGAGAUCCUGACGGGCGCCUUUGUUAACCUUUCCGCGGUAGUAUCACACCUCAUUGCCAAACGCAACAACGUGGUGUUGGCAUGUGCAGGUUGGCGCGACGCCAUGUGUCUCGAGGACACGAUGUUCGCGGGUGCCGUGAUCAAUGCCCUUCGUAGUUCCAACAUUGGAUUCAACAUCCAAUGUGACUCUGCACAAGCCGCCGAGUCAAUAUAUCUUGCGGCAAUGGGAGUAGCCAUGUCUUCAACCAAUCCAAUAUAUCAAUAUCUCCAAGUAGCCGAACACUUCAAACGACUUUCCAAACUUGGCUGCGACAAAGACCUUGAGUACUGUCUAUCCCUGGACCGCGUAUCAGUAUUGCCAAUAUUGAAUUCGAAUGAUGGAUAUCUGUAUCCACAUUAA